AUGUUAACAAAAUUCGAGUCGAAAAGCAAUCGCGUAAAAGGUCUCGCAUUCCAUCCGGCACGUCCACUGCUUGCGGCUUCCCUUCACAAUGGAAGCGUACAGUUGUGGAAUUACCAGAUGGGUACACUGGUAGAUCGGUUUGAGGAGCACGACGGUCCCGUUCGCGGGGUCGCAUUUCACCCCACAAGGCCCCUACUCGUUACGGGAGGCGAUGAUUACAAAAUAAAAGUUUGGGACAUUCGGCCCCAAAAUCGAAGAUGCCUGUUUACCCUGCAUGGCCAUAUGGAUUACGUCCGAACAGUGCAAUUUCACCAUGAAAUGCCAUGGAUACUGUCGGCUUCCGACGAUCAGACUAUUCGAAUAUGGAACAGCACUUCACGCACCUGCAUAACUAUGUUAACUGGACACUCGCACUAUAUCAUGUCUGCACAGUUCCACCCGAAAGAGGAUCUCGUCGUUUCUGCAUCGCAAGACCAGACCAUCCGUGUCUGGGACAUCUCAGGUCUUCGCAAAGCUGGAGGGCCCAGUUCGCAUCAAAACAACUUUGACACCUUCGACACAAUUGGUACCGUCAAGUACGUCCUCGAGGGGCAUGAUCGGGGAGUCAAUUAUGCCACAUUCCAUCCCACACUUCCGCUCAUCGUCUCCGCUGGCGAUGAUCGUCAAGUCAAACUGUGGCGGAUGAGUGAAACCAAAGCUUGGGAGGUCGAUGCUUGCCGAGGCCACUUCAAUAACGUCUCCAUGUCCUUGUUUCACCCUCGCCAAGAGCUAAUACUUUCUGUUGGCGAAGACAAGACCAUCCGCGUUUGGGAGAUGGGCAAACGGACGUCCGUUCAAACGUUCCGCAGGGAGCACGACCGAUUUUGGGUCCUGACCGCUCAUCCCGAACUCAAUCUCUUCGCUGCUGGUCACGACAGUGGUCUCAUUGUAUUCAAACUUGAACGAGAACGACCCGCUUUUGCUCUUUACAAUGACACACUCUUCUACGUGCGCGAUAAAUAUGUUCGGCAGUACGAUCUCAAUACCAAGGCAGACUAUGGAGUCCUUAGCGUGCGCAAGCUUGGGAAUCAGUGGCUCCAGCCUAGGACUUUAAGCUACAAUCCGGCUGAGCGUGCCGUGCUGGUGACAUCGUCUACGGAUAGUGCCAUCUAUGAGCUUGUCGGGUUACCAAAAGAGGUUGGGUCUGAGGUGAAAGAUUCAACUUCAGAUGGAAAACGAGGGAAUGGCUCGAGCGUCGUAUUCGUCGCUAGGAACAGGUUUGCUGUUCUGGAGAAAGCCGCCCAGUCCAUCGCUGUCCGGGACUUAUCGAAUUCAACCACAAAAACCGUCAAGCCUCCCGUACAGACCAAUGAGAUCUUCUAUGGUGGUACUGGUUGUCUCUUCCUCAGUUCUCCUACCGCCGUCGUCCUGUACGAGCUUCAGCAGCAAAAGACUUUGGCAGAAGUGUCUUCCCCACCGGUUAAGUAUGUCGUAUGGAAUAACGAUGGCAACAUGGUCGCGCUUCUGAGCAAGCAUACAAUCACCAUUGCCAAUAAGACGCUCUCGCAAAGCUGUUUGAUUCACGAAACCAUCAGAAUCAAGUCUGGUGCUUGGGAUGAUACGGGAGCAUUCAUCUACUCCACUCUCAAUCACAUCAAGUUCUGCUUGCCUAACGGAGAUAACGGUAUAAUUCGGACCUUAGAGCAACCGCUUUACUUAGUUCGCGUCAAAGGCAGGAUUGUUCAUUGUUUGGACCGCAGUGCUCGACCGCAGCAACUUACUAUUGAUCCCACGGAGUAUCGGUUCAAGCUUGCCUUAAUCAGGAGGAAUUACGAAGAAGUCCUCAAUAUUAUACGUACGUCGAACCUGGUUGGCCAAGGCAUCAUAGCAUACCUUCAGAAGAAGGGUUAUCCGGAGAUCGCGCUGCAUUUUGUGCAGGACAAGAACACCCGCUUUGAUCUUGCCAUAGAGUGUGGUAAUCUUGAAGUCGCGCUUGAAACCGCUGAUUCCAUUGAUCGCCCCGAGAUCUGGAACAGACUAGCUCAGCAAGCAUUGAGACAAGGGAAUCACAAGAUCGUCGAAAAGGCUUACCAGCGGACAAAGAACUUCGAUAAAUUAUCGUUCCUUUAUUUGGCCAUCGGAAGCUUGGAUAAGCUUGCGAAGAUGCAGAAAAUUGCAGAUAUGCGCGGACAUCCUAUGUCCAAAUUCCAUACUGCCUUGUACGCUGGAGACGUAUUGGGACGCGUGAAAGUGCUUCGAGACGUCGGGUUAUAUCCUCUUGCAUAUUUGACUGCGCGUACGAAUGGACUUGAUGAAGUUGCAGCGGAGGUCUUACAAAUCACUGGCCUUACUGAGACGGACAUUGAAGAUCUCCCAUCCUUCGGCCGGUCUUCGCUAGGUCCUCCAAAGGUCAUCACUUCUACUGCUCAACGCAACUGGCCGGCUAUAUCACUUAGUGAGAGUGUCUUUGAAAAGGCACUCGUCAGCGGAGCAUUGGAGGCCCCCACGAAUCCCGAGCCAUACAUAAAUGGCCAUGUUGAUGGAUCUAGCGCAGGUCUUGGUGAAUGGGAGGGAGGAGGCGCAUUGACUGGUGAGGAUGGUGUUGAUGAUGGAUGGGCCCUGGACGAGGUUGCCACUCCAGAUGAUCAGACUAACGGCCAUCUUGAGGAUGAGCUCAAAGGCGAAGCCGCUUCUGCUCAGCCAGGUGUCAGUGAGACUGAGCUUUGGGUCCGUAAUUCUCCGUACGCUGGUGAUCACAUCGCAGCUGGAUCAUUCGAAUCAGCAAUGAAACUGCUCAACCGUCAGUAUGGUGUCGUUGAGUUUGGCCCGCUCAAGCCUCUGUUCCUCGCUGGGUAUCGUUCUGCCCAUGCGUAUAUCUCUUUGAAUCCUGUUCUCCCUCCACUUCCACUUCACAUCCGCCGCAAUCCUGAGGAGUCAUCACCCAGCAAAGCACUUCCAAUUAUGUUACAAUCUCUCCAGACGAUUAGGUCAUCAGAUCUAUUGGAAGCUUACAAGUUUGUGGCUGCGAACAAAUUACAAGACGCUGCUGCUGCGUUCCGUUCUAUUCUUCUUUCAUUAUUGAUUGUAGUGCCAACUUCGCCGAGCGAGGUGACCCAGCUCAAUGAGACGGUCGCCAUUGCCCGUGAAUACUUACUCGGAGUUUCUAUUGAGCUGGAACGCCGAAGAUUACUAGAACAGGAGCCCACUAAUGUCCGUCGCAAUCUGGAGCUUGCGGCAUACUUCACGCAUUGCGAGCUUCAGCCGCCUCACCUGAAACUAGCACUUCGAAACGCCGCCAAUGUACACACGAAAGCGAAGAAUCAUGCAACAGCCGCAAAGUUCGCCCGCCGACUGCUUGAUCUCAAGCCGGAUGCCAAGAUUGUUGCGCAGGCUCGACAAAUGAUCAACGAGGGAGACCGAAAUCCCAUUGAUGUCGUGGAAACUUCAUAUGACACUUUUACAGAGUUUAAAAUUUGUGCAGCAUCCUUCACUCCAAUCCUAAAGGGCUCACCAUCCGCAAAAGAUCCUUUCACUGGUGCUAUUUUCCAACCAGAAUAUAAGGGCCGCGUCUCGCCAUUAACGGGGGUGACUGAGAUUGGGAUACAAGCCACGGGAUUGCCUACGCCGCGAUGAAGGUUUUUGAUAGAUUUGAUAGCAGGUAGCUUUCGCGUAAUGUUUGUCUAGUAGUAAAGUAUUAUAAUCGGUACAACGGUGAAGCAUUGGAGUGUGAUGAAAUGCAAAGAGCGGAUAAGUUAUACUAAAAGCUGCUCGACCAGCGUUAUUAGUGUCACGGAAUCAGAUGGCGGCCGCUCCAAGCGAUGCCGAGCUCAAAUUAGAAGACGAGCGACUGAUGGAG